UUGAGGGGUCGUGAGUUGAGAUGAUGAGCGCAUCUAUCCAGACCAUUUUCGCGUAUUCUCUUUCAAUUUAUCGCCAGAAACAGUACGAUGUCUUCAAUAAUAACCCAGCCGAUCACGUUUCCAACAAAAACCCGGGCCCAGCCUCUGCCGCGAAUGCUAGCAGCGGAUGAAGUGAUCCCUACGAUACAGCGCAUCAUCGCUAUCCGGACAGCAGCCUACAAUUCGGUGUCCCUGAACGUCACGACCGAGACAGCCACGUUUGAAAAUGUCAUCCAACCUUUGCUUGAGGAUGAGGACAUCAAUCAAGGAACCGAAGCUGUGAUAGACAUGUAUCGUUACGCAGGUCCGGAUCAAGAGAGCCGUGACGCAGCAGAGGAGGCGACUAGAUUAAUGUCCGAAUGUAACGCUCAGUUGAAGUUGAGAAGUGACCUGUUUCUGCUUGUCAAAGCUGUUGCUGAUAGAGACGAUUACCCCAACGAAGAGUGUGCAAAAGCAGUGCGGGAUAUGUUGCGCGGGUUUACCAAUGUUGGCCACGGAAAGUUGACUCCAGACAAGAUUCAGAAGUUGCUUGAUGUUCGGAAAGAAAUCGACCGUCUUUGCCAGGACUUCAAUCGGAACCUCAGAGAGCACACAGAGGGAGCUUGGUUUACGCUCACGGAGCUUGAAGGCCUGCCCGCGCAAGAGAUCCAACAUCUUACCGCAAAGAGCAAGCGCCAGGAUCAGGUAUACAUCGACUACGGCAAGCGUGCAGACAGACUUCUGGUUCUGAGACACGCCCGAAACCCCGCCACUAGGAAGAAGUUGUAUCUCGGCAACGAAAAGAAGCUUCCAGAAAAUAUCUCAAUAUUCAAGAGGGUUGUACUUUUACGUCACGAGACCGCACAUCUCCUCGGUUUCAAGAGCCAUGCCGAAUUCAAGCUGCAAGAAAGAAUUGCCACUUCGACUGAAUGGGUAUACGAUAUGCUACAGCGCAUGCGCGACCAACUUCUUCCGGUAGGACAGAGAGCAUUGGAGCAGCUGAAGGCUCUGAAGAGGGAGUUGGUAACAAGCACUCAAGCAGGAGACGACGAAAUAUUCCCUUGGGACUUCCACUACUACAUGAGAUUGCUCGAGGACGAGAAGCGGGUAGACCAAGAGCUCAUUUCACAGUACUUCCCACUUAGAAAUACCGUAUUAAGAAUGCUGGGGCUGUUCGGGUCUUUCCUUCAACUACGUUUUGUGCCCAUUGUGCCCGAAGAGCUGACUGGCAGAGUCUGGCAUGAGGAUGUGGAAGCUUGGUCGGUCUGGGAUGAUAGAACAGAGCACACAAGUGAAUUCGUUGGAUACCUGUUUUCAGAUAUCCUAUAUAGGGAUGGGAAGUACAAAGGAAACCAGAAUGUCAACCUACAGGCAUCAUAUCUGAAACCCAAUGGUGGUCGAGUAUUUCCAGCAACUAUCUUGAUGUGCAACUUCUCCCCUUCACCAAUCACCGGAUGCGCCUUACUCAGGCACUCCGAAGUAGUAACUCUGUUCCAUGAGCUUGGCCAUGGUAUCCACGACCUACUGUCUCGAACAUUUCACACUAGAUAUCACGCAUGGAGAGCACCGGCAGAAUUUGCCGAAGCUCUGAGCAUGAUGCUUGAGAAUUGGUGUUGGAAUAUGAGCGAUCUGAAGGAGCUGAGCUGCCACUAUUCGAGGGUGGAUCCCCAUUGCUUACAGGCAUGGAGGGCUCAACAUCCCGGGGCAACCCUGCCAGCGGAACGAAUUCAGGACGAGGUGCUGGAGCAGCUUAUUGCGAGCCGCAAUCUGAACAAAGCCUUUGGACUUCUCCAGCAGACGUUUCUGAAUGAGAAUAGUGCACAAAUAUUUGCCGCGGACUUCUAUGAAACAGUAUUGGCUCUCAAUCCUCAGAGUCGGGCGUCUUGGAGCCGAUAUAGACAAGUGAUUCUCGAGGCUGGCGGGAGCCGCGAUGAGCUGAAGAUGAUGGAAGAGUUUCUCGGCCGUCACCCAAAAGUGGAUGCUCUUGUGCGGAGCCUAGCACUUAGCUGA